AUGAGCUCUUUGGAGUUCAGCGGACGACCCGUUGACCGUCUGCUUGUUUUUCAGGACGCAGCUGAGACGUCCGGAUCAAACUGGAGCCGGACGGCGGUGGAGAUCCAGUCGUAUCCGGUCCUCAAGAAGCGUCACGAGCCCCUCAGCUCUGCCACCAGAGGCAGAUCCACGCGACCAACACCGGCAGAAAGAUGGUGUACUGCUCCGAGUGUCAGAGAGGGUUCUACAAAGGUCUCACCUGGAGGCUCACCGGAGAACCCACCGGGGACAGGAACCCAACCAGUGCUGGCAGUGCGGGAAGCCUACCCGACCCUGAUGAGCCUCGUGGUGCACCAGCAGAUCCACGACCGCAAGGAGCCCUACCGGUGCUCCUACUGCGAGAAGACCUUCGCCCUGAAGGGACUGGAAAACCCACCACCGGACGCACUCGGGGACCAAACCCUUCAAGUGCUGGUUCUGCGGGACGGCUUCAGCGAGCAGGACGAGCUCACCGAGCACCUGGAGGUGCACGAGGGGGAGAAGUGCUACCACUGCAAAGUCUGCGACAAGAUGUUCGUCUCCUACCAGGGCUUCAACUUCCACCGCAAGUCCCACAAGAGCCAGAAGCUGCUGCCCUGCCUGAAGUGCAAGAAGACCUUCAGCAACCCCCAGAGUCUGAAGCUGCACCAGGUGACCCACUCCAACAGGAAGCCCCACAAGUGCCCCACCUGCGGCAAAGGCUUCAAGCUGCUGAGCGGCCUGCGGUGCCACCAGAGGACCCACGAGGACCUGAGGGACUACCACUGCACCGAGUGCGGCAAGUGCUUCUCCAGCCUGCAGGGCCUGAAGCUGCACAACCGCACCCACACGGGCCUGAAGCCCUACAAGUGCACCGAGUGCGGCAAGAGGUUCACCCAGUCGCCCACCUCAAGUCUCACAUGGUCACCCACACCGGGGAGCGGCCCUUCCUGUGCACCACCUGCGGAAGAGGUUCACCCAGUCGUCCCACCUGAGGUCCCACAUCACGCUGUUCCACGUGGGCGAGAAGCCGUUCACCUGCGACGACUGCGGGAAGAGCUUCACCAUCGCCCACUACCUGAAGAUGCACCGCUGAGCCACACCAAGGAGAAGCUGUACCAGUGCUCCUACUGCGAGAAGUCCUUCUCCUACCACAACUCCUGGAGGGCCCACGAGAGGAUCCACACCGGCGAGCGCCCCUUCAGCUGCCGGGAGUGCGGCCAGAGCUUCAUCACGUCGGGCUCGCUGCUGAGCCACCAGAGGUCCAAACACACCGGCGAGAAGAGCCACUACUGCAUCACCUGCGGGGAGUUCUUCUUCACCAGCUCGCUGCUGCGGGUCCACCAGCGACCACACGGGCGAGCGGCCGCACGCCUGCAGCUGCGGCAAGACCUUCAAGACCAAAGGAGUGCUGCGCUACCACCUGAAGAGGUUCACCGACCACCAGCCGGCCGAGUGAGCGGGGCCACGGCGGGGUCGGCCCGAGAGGCGAAGCGCAGACGCUGCAGGGUGCAUGCAGGAGGGUAG